ACAUCCGCCCCUGAUUCAUCAGCACUACUCGCUCAGGAAGAAAGAGAGGCAGGACUGUGUUCAUACAUCUGCAAUGGCCAUUGAGCUGCGCUCUGGUGUCAAAUAUGGCCCGUUUUUGUCACUUGCAGUGGUGUUGGUGGCGUAUUGGUUCCGCUCACCGGACACCUCGGUUCUGAACGAGAGGCUGGACGCGGUUCUGUCGUCACUGCUGCGCGCAGAGCGGAAAGUAGGCAUCGACAGCGUUUCCAGACCGCGAGUGGCUAUAGGUUUUGGUGGCUGUGUGGAUAUCAUAGUCGAUGGAGUGACUCUGCUGAACAAAAUGGGUUUAAAGCCGACAGACCAGCCCCUCCACCACGACUACAUCGAGAACACGGAGCAGCUUGCACAGAGUUUCGCUUACUUUUUCUCCCCCGGAGCUGCUUCAGAGAGGUUUGUGAUAAAUGACACGCUCUUCAGUGAGCUGGUAGAGGCUUCUCGAGAGUUACCAGGAAACAGGUGGUCGAUCGGAGGAAAUGCACCUGUAAUGGCCAGCAGGAUGGCACUGGAAGGAUGUGAUGUGCUUUUAGGGGGCAGUUUCAGCACCGAUUUCACUGAUAUCCUCUCACAGCAUAUCACAGUGGCUGGAAACACAGUGGAUGAACCAGACAUCCACCUGAUCCUGGAGUAUCCCACAGGUGCCACAUGGGGGACGUACACCUCCCGAAGAGCCAACAGGUAUAUUGUUCAUAGUGAUGAUCAUAAUCCAUAUCUGGACUCCAUGGAGCAAUUUCAGGAGAAGCUGAACAACUUCAAACCAGAUCUGCUCGUUGUAGGAGGGCUACAGAUGAUGGACAACUUCCCUUUCAAACAGGGAGAGCGUGAGGCUCUGUUGGGAAAGCUUGCGAAGAUGUUGUCCUCUGCGUCCCCACAGACCGCUAUCCAUUUCGAGAUGGCCAGCUUCGUAGACGAGAGUCUGAUGUUGGAUCUUUUAGACUUUGUUCUUCCUCACACUGACUCGUUGGGCAUGAACGAGCAAGAGUUGCCCAAUCUCCUGAGCCUUUUCCGCGGAAGCAACUUGACAGUUCUUUCUGAUCCCAACCCACGUGUAGCUACAGUGCUGGACCAGAUGCGAGAACUCUACCGCCUGGUAAACCAGCGCCACCAGCAGGCCGGCACGGGUCGGCCGCUCACACGUCUUCACGUCCACACCCUGGCUUUCCAGGCCAUCAUUGUCAAACAUGGCUCCAAGUGGAAGAACACAAUGUCGGCCACAGCCAAAGCAUCUCUGACCGCCAACCGGCACGUCUGCGGCUCGCCAGACAUCGAUCUCAGUAAAGCGCGGCUGAUCAUGGACGAAUCAUUCUCUGUUAGCAGGCAAGAAGGAAGUCCGAGAAUUCCACUUCAGGAAUCCCGACCCGUUUCGUGCUGGGAUGAGGACGGUUAUGAGGUUUGCGUGGCUCCUGUGCUGGUGUGCACUGAGGUGUACCAGACUGCUGGAGGAGGAGACAACAUCUCUGCCGCUGGGCUCGUACUGCAGAUAUGAGACGUCUUUGUUUUUCCUUUCUUUUCUUUUAUUGCUUUAUUUUAUUAUUUUGUGUGAACAACAUCGUGAGCGAUCGUGUGCAAUACAAACAUUGGGUCCAGCUAAUAUAAAGUUGGGUGAAUCUCACAAAACGUGUCAACAACAUCCACAUCUUAUUUCACCCUUAAAUCAACAGAAACUGAUUUAGCUUUUAUGAUUUUUUAAUUAUUAUGUUUAUUAUUUUUAAAAUAUUAUUUUCUGAACAGUUAAGCA